GCGCCCCGCGCGCGCCCCUCGCAGCCUGGAGCUGGAACGCUGGCUCCGCGCGGCCUGGAGAGGCGGAGAGGCCGGUCCGCCGCCCCCUCUGCCGCCCCUUCUGCCGCCCCUUCUGCCUCCCACGCCCCGCUGCGGGUCGGAGGAGCAACUAGCGCUCGCAGGUGCUCGGAGAGGCCGGGCCGCGGCUCCCACAGGUGCCGGGAAAAGGCCGCGCGCAUGCGCCGGAGCCCACCCUCCAGGCUGCGCGUCCCGGGCCUGGGGGCUGAAGAGGAGCGGCGGCGAGGAACAAGAGUAUGGUGAGAGAACGCGGAAACACCUGAUAUCCCAGCAAAGGAAGCUGCAGAGGAAGGGUCCUGCCCCGUGAGCGAGGACGGCCUCCAGGAGCACAGCGGCUUCUCCUAACAUCCCCCUCGCAGUGAAUUACGGAUGACCCCGUAUAUAAGGAGAUGUGGAUGCCGACACACGGGGAGAGCUCCUGAGACCAGCACACAGGACCAGUGUCCUCCCCGUGACCUUGCAGUUGUGUAGCCACAAGUGGGAGCCACAGAGAAGGAGAGCCCACAACAGGACUCUUUUCAAGACAUGGGGUUAAAUCAAGGCUCUGAAGUUGGCGCCACAACCGGUCUCAGCUUUCUGUGUCCUGGGGGCGCGGUGAUAUGACAGAAUGUUAACUGACUGGGUGAACAUGGACUCCUGAGGGCGAGGGCGCACCCGAUACCUGGUUAUCCGGUACUGCAGAGAGACACCUGGUCAGCCAGCGUUGCAAAGAGGGACAGCUAGUCACUCAGGCUGCAGAGAGAGACACCUGGUCACCCAGGCUGCAGAAACAACCGCAGUCAACUGCAGCUCCAGUCAGUGCUGGAUGUUGGCUGAUGCGGUCUUGCGCCAGCUGGAGAUCCAUUCACCAAGACUUUCUGGGCAGAUUUAAAGUGGCUGGGGUUCAGAAGUUCAGCAAGAGUUGGACACACCCCUCCUCGCUGGAGAGUAGAGGGGAAAGGCGAGGCGGGGGAGCAGCGUGAGAUUCCCCCUUCACACACACAACACAAAAGCGUGGACACACAGAAGUGAAAUCUGAUCGCGUGCCAGGAAAAGCUGUGAGGCUGGAAACCCCGGAGUAACGCUCGACCUUGGCCAGACCUGCAGGCUGCGGAACCGGGGGCGCGCGGGCGCAGCACAGCCCGGCCAUGGAGCAUGCGGUGGCCCCCUGCGUCCUCUACCCAGGGACUGAGCCCGGGGCUGCGGGGGAGGGCGAGAGCGAGGGCGCCGCGUCCCCGGCGCAGACACCCUGCAGUCUCGGCGCGUCCCUGUGCUUCAGCUCCGGGGAAGAGUCCCCGCCGCAGUCCCUCGCCUCAGCGGCGGAAAGCGCGGCCACCUCCCCGCCCUCCAGCGGUGGCCCGCGGGUGGUGGAGCGGCAGUGGGAGGCCGGCAGCGCGGGCGCCGCGUCUCCGGAGGAGCUCGCGUCCCCCGAGGAGCGCGCGUGCCCGCAAGAGCCAGCGGCGCCGUCUCCCGAACCGCGCGUUUGGCUUGAGGACCCCGCGUCCCCCGAGGAGCCCGGAGAGCCCGCGCCCGUGCCCCCGGGGUUCGGGGCGGUGUACGGGGAGCCGGACCUGGUGCUGGAGGUUUCGGGGCGCCGGCUGCGCGCGCACAAGGCGGUGCUGGCGGCGCGCAGCGACUACUUCCGCGCGCGCGCGUCGCGGGACGUGCUGCGGGUGCAGGGAGUGAGCCUGACGGCGCUGCGGCUGCUCCUGGCCGACGCCUACAGCGGGCGCAUGGCGGGCGUGCGGCCCGACAACGUGGCCGAGGUGGUGGCCGGCGCGCGCCGCCUGCAGCUGCCCGGCGCCGCGCAGCGCGCCACCGACGCCGUGGGGCCGCAGCUGAGCCUGGCCAACUGCUACGAGGUGCUGAGCGCGGCCAAGCGGCAGCGGCUGAACGAGCUGCGCGACGCCGCCUACUGCUUCAUGAGCGACCACUACCUGGAGGUGCUGCGCGAGCCCGCCGUGUUCGGCCGCCUGUCCGGCGCCGAGCGGGACCUGCUGUUGCGCCGCCGCCUGCGCGCCGGCCGCGCCCACCUCUUGGCCGCGGCGCUCGGGCCGGCGGGGGAGCGCGCGGGCAGCCGGCCUCAGAGCCCCUCGGGGGACGCGGACGCGCGCGGGGACGCGGCCGUCUACUACUUCCACGCGGCGGCUGGAGAGUGGCGCGAGCUGACUCGGCUGCCCGAGGGCGCGCCGGCGCGGGGCUGCGGCCUGUGCGUCCUCUACAACUACCUUUUCGUGGCGGGCGGCGUGGCGCCCGCGGGCCCCGACGGCCGCGCGCGCCCUUCCGACCAGGUCUUCUGCUACAACCCGGCCACAGACAGCUGGAGCGCCGUGAGGCCCCUGCGCCAGGCGCGCUCGCAGCUGCGGCUGCUGGCCCUGGACGGCCACCUCUACGCCGUGGGCGGCGAGUGCCUGCUCAGCGUGGAGCGCUACGACCCGCGCGCCGACCGCUGGGCCCCCGUGGCGCCCCUGCCCCGGGGCGCCUUCGCCGUGGCGCAUGAGGCCACCACCUGCCACGGCGAGAUCUACGUGUCCGGGGGCUCGCUCUUCUACCGCCUGCUCAAGUAUGACCCGCGGCGCGACGAGUGGCAGGAGUGCCCGUGCAGCAGCAGCCGCGAGCGCUCGGCCGACAUGGUGGCUCUCGACGGCUUCAUCUAUCGCUUUGACCUGAGCGGCAGCCGCGGCGAGGCGCAGGCGGCGGGGCUGAGCGGGGUCAGCGUGUCCCGAUACCACUGCCUGGCCAAGCAGUGGAGCCCGUGCGCCGCGCCCCUGCGGCCCUCCGGCGGCCCCACAGGCCUGCAGCCCUUCCGCUGCGCCGCCCUGGACGGCGCCAUCUACUGCGUGAGCCGCGCGGGCACCUGGCGCUUCCAGCCCGCCCGGGAGGGCGAGACCGGCGGCGACUCAGACCAGGGCGGCGGCUUCGAGGCGCUGGGCGCCCCCUUGGACGUUCGGGGCGUGCUCAUUCCGUUCGCUCUCAGCCUGCCCGAGAAGCCGCCCCGAGGGGAGCAGGGCGCCGCGUAGGCCGGCGGGGUCGGCGGGCGUCUCCCUCGGCAGGGGUCUGCGGGGCCCAGGUCCCUUUGGGCCCGCGGAGGAGCACGGGGGGGAGUUAGGGUCGCUGGCCACCCUGGUGGUUUGGACGCUUCGAAGGAGCCCGGAGGACGCUCUCAGAGCCGCUUCCGCUUUGCUUUCCUUUUGCUUCUCUUUGCUUCUGGGGGUCGAUGCCUUGAGACCCGGGAGGUGUGCGGAUGGGUCCCUUGACAAACAGGACACAGGACACAGAGAAGGCUGUGGGAUCCAAAGGGUCAGCCUCAGGGUACAGUGGGAGUUCCUGAGGCAGCCUGCAGCCGGCCCCGGGGUGUCCCGAACCCCGGAGAGCACCGAGGCUGUGCGCAGGAGCCUGGGACCCUCAAGUAGGUCGCCGCGAACUAUCAGGGGAAGCACGCAGAGAGGGUCACACUUUUUAUUUUUGGCUUGAGAUUUAAAAUUAUAACUGAUAAGUAAAGCUCUUUCUAAUUUAGUUAAAAAUUUCGUACCAUGUGCUCGCUUUGGUUGGCUCAACUCCAAAAAGAGUAAUAAGCAUUAAAGGUAAAAUCUUUGAUUACCAGUAAGGAUUCUUGUCCAAUAUGCAUUGGAAGUACUUCCUUCCCCACGCCAUUGCUACUCAAACUCACAUGCGUAGAGCAGCUCCGUCUCACUGUUGGACCGAGGGGGCUUUCAUAUUCUCAGUUUAAAGGAUGUUAAGUGAUGUGGCGAUGAUUUACCAUUAUUUAAAUUUUAAGUCUUUAGUGGCUAAAUGUUACCAAACAGCACAUCAUAAGUAGGAAAAACUUACCAGGGUGCUUGUCUCUCUAAAAAGCAAUCUUUGAUAGCCCGCUCUGUAUGCCCAGCCGCUUUCAUAUUCUGGAACGAGAUAAAAAUAUUAUUCCUAAAACACGGGGAAAAUCAUUUUGUUUUGACAGUUCUAUAGAAAAAAGUGUAGGCACAUUUUCAACCCACUGUUUAUGAUGUUUUCAAUAUGGAUCGUGUAGUUCUGAUGAGGGAGAUUAAUUUUUACAAUCAGUAUUCUACGAAAGUGUGGCCGAGUGACAGUGGGCAUAGAUUUAUAACAAGGAAGUGACAUGGUUAUCACCAUAGAUUAGCAAGUAAACUGCAUGUACUUAAUUGUAUUGAAUUGAAUUCCAAAAUACCCUAAUAGAAUUAACAUGAGGCUCACUGCAUUGACAGGGUAUGAGAAUUAAAAACAAAUCAGUUGGGUCGUUUCUCAUUUAACAUUUUACUUUUCAAGUGUGUAUACGGAGGACUUACUAUUACGAGUUUGAGGAUGAGAUCCAUGUUCACAAAUAGAGGUGAACAUUUGAACUCCGAAUCCAACCCAUUUUCUUACUGUAAGAGGAAAAGUUACUGGAACGUUACUAGUUGAAAUCAUGCCUACGUUAAUAUUAUUUGUUUGUUAAUCCGGUAAUGGGAACUGCCAUCUCUGUAGAAAUCAGUGGGUAAUUGAAAAAUAGGUUAUGCUUUUAAAGAGUCUGUGGUUAUGAGAGGUCUCAGUUAAGUGUGUUUAGAAGUGAUCAGCUUGAACCUUAUGCAUGACUCGGGGGCUGGAAUUUAUGAUCUGGGUUAGGGUAUGUUCUGGGGACGUGUCUGCUUGCCCAUGGUUACUCGUGAACUGAGGGGAUAGCUUGGCAACUUGGUUAAUCAUCUUGGGAAAGAAAAACAGACUUUCUAUCGCCUGACUUGAUUGGCCUUUUAUAGGAGUAUACUGGAGAAAUGGUUGUAGAAACAGUAUUUACAGCAAAAGGAAACAAAUAAUGUGCAUUUUAAGCAAUGUACCAUUCACGCUGUCCUGCCUUUUCCUCUAGAAUUUUAUUAAUGGUAAAAAUUUUUAUAUGAAGUGGAACCAGGACCAGGCUAUUAUUUUCAGUCCUUAAAUAUCAAACUCAUAUGCUAUUAUCACUGUGAUUUUACUUGUGAAAUCAUUCCUGUAAUGUUUAUUGUUUGAAAAUGAAAUACUGAAAUUAGGCUUCCAGAGUAACACUGUCCCCUGAAGAGGAUAUGAGAAGUGAUGGCUGUUGGGUGGGGGCGGUUGCACAGUCACAUGCGGUUCCUGUGGCUUUCCAGCGUUUCAUUUAGUGAAGGAAUGCCCACACUAGAUGCAGCACAGCUUCCUGUGGGGCCCGGCAGCAAAGCCCCAGGUACUCCCUGUCACUUCACAAUAAAAUGCACUAAGAAACAUAAAGAAUAGGAGGAAUUAAUACCAACCAUUAAAGGAUGUCCAGCCAACUUAUUGUGGAAAUAUGUAGAAUAGUAUACACCACAUUUCUAAAUAGUGAUAUCACAUAAAAAUACAUACGAGAGGACCUGCCACACCAUGAGCAGCGUUUUUGCUUUUUGGGGGCCAGUCCCUGGGGUGUGGAGCCCCUAGGGUUUGCAUCCAUGAAACAGAGAAAAGCCACACCCUGCAAGGUGUGGCUUUCAUUUCGGGACUGCUGCAGGGAGGGCAGAAGCAUUGUUGAGACUGCCUGGCAACGGCUGUUGCCCCAGGUAGGAUCUUUUCCAUUUCAAAGUGGUGUUCUAAGUCUGCCUUCAACACUGUGUAGGAAAAAGGUUGGUGCAAAAAUAUUCCUGGUCAUCCACCCAUUAAAAUAGUUAGAUGAGGCUAGUGCCUUGAUGACAGCUAUCCACACUCCUCAUGAAAUUAACCCAUAUGCCGGGGCAUUUCCAAAUGUCUGACUCAUGAAAUUAACCCAUACGCAGAGGCCUUUCCAAAUGUCUGAAAAGGCAGUGGUGUCUUUUGGGGAAAAUGUUAUGCGUGGAAGCCUGACCUUUUGCUUAGCUGACAGCAAUCCCUUCUGUAUUGCCAAUCAAGGUUCAUUUGGGAUGCAGAGGAAUGAGCUUGAGCCUUCCUGCUUUUCCUUCCCGUUUUAUUCUCCGUCUUGGGAACAGCCCUCCACUCCGCACUGCUUCCUGCAGCUUUGUAGAGCUGGAUUUGGAACUUCAGGAUUUGAUUUCUGAGUCUGGAGGCACCGACUUCUCCUGUAAGAAAAUGAAUGUUGUGGAAAUUCUUUGGCUACUUAACUAAAACUCGUGACUGUAUCAGUUUGGCUACAAAUAAGUAAAUCAUCUGCUCUGUUUCUGCUAAUUUCUGGUGUCACUUCAGUAAUUCUGGUAGCAACUGUUGAAUCUGUCAGUCUCUUAGGUAACUUCCUGUAAACGAUUUGGAAAUAGGGUGUUUUCAACAUUCCUUUGUCUUUCCCUGAAGUCAAGAUAAAUUCAAGACAUAAUCUCUUGUAAGAUCUAAAAAGAACAAAUGUAAACGAAAGUGCAUUUUUGUAUUCUUGUUAACAUUAGAUGCUUUCCUAGCUUACAAAAUUCUAUUUUUGGAUUAAAAAUCAAUCAACUUUCUGAUAUUUCCCCUUCUGCAAUGUUAUUGUUCAUAAGAAAACACGAGCUGAAAAUGGAAAUCUGCAAUUGUUUCAGUUGUCUUGAAUUUCUUUCAUUGGCCACAUCAUUUCCACGUUUUCUAUAUCCGGGAGGAAGCCUGGACUGUGCAGCCUUCAGGCACCCGGCACAGACACUGGGCUGGCAGGUGCUUCAGACACGCCAAGUGAAUGGAUUUGGAUUGAACGCAUGUGAAACAGGAGACGGGUUCUCAAGUGAGAUCAAAGCUCCUCCAAAGCCUGUUCAAGCUCUAAGCGAUUCUCAAAUGUUACCAUUUAUUAAAGGUAAACUACACCCGUUGAAGGCCAAGUUCAGUUCAGCUGUUGUGAUCUGUGUAGUUAAUGUAUUUAUUAAUGCUUGAGUUUUAAAAUCCUGGGCGUAAAUAGUGCAGAGCCUUGUAUGUCUGUCAGUUCAUGCCUAGAUGAAAUAAAUGACGCAGAAAGUGCCAGUGCUCCUGA